AUGGAUUUUGUAGAGGGCUUGCCUACUUCCAAGGGGAAAUCCACAAUUCUAGUAGUGGUGGAUAGGCUAACCAAGUAUGGCCACUUCAUUGCCUUGGCUCAUCCCUUCACUGCUUUGACAGUAGAACAAGAAUAUCUAACCCAAGUCUACAAACUUCAUGAGUGGCGGUACAAUACCACCUACCACUCAGCCAUUAAAACCACCCCUUAUGAAGCGUUUUAUGGUCAAGAUCCUUCCAUUCACCUACCCUACUUAGCUGGUGCUUCUCGGGCAGCUACAAUAGAUAGAACUUUGCAACAUAGGGAAGUCAUGAGGAAGAUUAUGAAGUUUCACCUGAAACGAGCUCAAGAUAGGAUGAAGCAAAUGGCUAAUAAGUGGAGGUCUAAGAGGGAAUUUAAGGUAAGAGAUCUAGUUUACUUAAAGCAGCAACCAUACAUGCAACACUUACUAAGGAAAUUCAAAAAUCAGAAGUUGUCACCUAGGUAUUUUGGCCUUUUCCCAGUGGAAGUUAGGGGAAGACAAGUUGCUUAUAAGUUGAUUCUGCUACCAACAACUCGUAUUUGUUCUACCUUUCAUGUUUCCCAGCUGAAGAAACAUAUUGGUUCAGCAGUGAGUUCAUCAGUGUUGCCACCAAUGGGAUUUGAUGGUGCCCUCCUUAAAGAACCAGUUCGAGUGUUAGAUGAAUGA